GGCGAGCAGCAUGGAGACACUUUUGCGGCAGACACGACAAAUCGAGGUGCCGUCAAGAGGUUCCAGCGCGGCCAAGAAGGCGAAAUCUACAGCGGAUCCUUAUGAGAACAAGUUGGUGGCAUUCUAUCGAGAAGAGGAAGACUGGUUGAGUGGGAACGAGUACUACGGCGCGACCAUCCUUGUGGGGCUCGUGCAACGCAAGAUGAUCUCAAAUCGUUUCACGUAUCUCCUUCAAUGGGUCCCAUUGCCCGGUGAUUGUCUGAUGGCGUUUGAUCCGACGAAUACGAUCCACGUCAACACCAACUUGAUUAACUACGUCGAGUUGCAUCCGAAAGUCGACCUGCUCACGCUGGCCCAGGGGCGCGAAAUGUUUUACAGCUUGGGCAUCCAGCAUGUCGACCCGUCGAUCAUCGUCCGCAGCGCCAUUUCCCCCGAGACUCAGCAUUGGUCGGUCGAAAUCCCAUGGGAAGUCGAGGCGGACGCGCUGUAUUGGGAACACGACGCCAUGCACUUGCAUGCGCAGCAGACGUCGAAUCUCCAAGCGCCAUCGAUCCAACUGAAGCCAUUGCAACCGACUUCCAACAUGAACUAUCCACCUCAACUACCUACCCUUCUUCCUCCAUUGUCUAGCGACGCUCCCACCACCAUGCAGUUAAGGACUCGAGACCACGCAACGCUGUUUGAGCAUUCCGCGGUCGCCAGCUUUCUCAGGUACCUACCCUUGGCGCUAUGGGCGGAUGUAUUGAGUGCAACCAACAUCCAUGGCUUGUCCACAGGCGCCAUCACAUCUGCGACGACGUUCAACAUGGCCGAGCUGAUGGCGUAUUGGGGUAUUCUCCUACACAUGAGCGUCCACGCUAGACACGAGCGAGUAUGUGACUAUUGGGCUCACAAACCACCACCACCACCUCAUACUACAACUAGCAGCAGCACACAUCCCUUCCCCACAUCUCAGAGCUCAGACGACGUCACAGCGUCGUUGGCGUCGUCGGGGGUAUCGUACCCUCGCUUUGAACUCUUGCAUCAGUGCCUUCGCUGCACAAAAUUCCGCGAGCCGUCGGAUGCGCUGUCGGCGCUCCGCCCUCUGGUGCGGACACUGCAACUCCAAUGCGCUACAACGGUGGUGCCUGGUCGACAUGUGUUUGUGGCCGUGGAGCUGCACGUCGUGGCGGACGGCAAGCCCGUGCAGGUCGUAUCGUGUACGUCAUCGUCGGGUGUGGUCAUUGCGUUCAAAGUGGCCGUGGCGUCCUCCGCCCUCGUCCAGAACGUCGUGGAAGUCGUACACUCGUUGCACCAUUCCCAUCGCAUUGUGCAUGUGCACUCGCCCCUCAUCAGCGUCGACCUUGUCGAGGCUCUUCGAACCCACGGACUGUACUGUCGAGCGUCGACAUGUGUCCCCACGCGACUGUUUGAUCCGGCGGCAGCACCCGUCGUCACAGCGUCGCAUGAAACGCGGCCGACGAUAGUGUGGGCACACACGAGGUCUGCAUCGCCGAAUCUGGUCGUCGCGACCGAGUGGCGGGCGAAUCGGUUGAGUUUGGGGCUGUUGACCAAUGUAGACACCCCUACGACCGGUCUGCUGCUGCCACCCAUGGUCACGACGCACCUGUCAAUGCAAAAACGUCGUCGCAGGCUGCGCGAAUGGUGCUCGUUCGCUGCCAAACAAAGCACUUUCUCUGACGACUCUACUUCGUGGGCGCGUACGAUGCUGCUAUACUUGAUGGACGUAGCGCGUGUGAAUGCCUACCUUGUGCGGAACCAUGUGCGUGAACAAGAAGAGUCUAUGUGGGUAUUCACGCGAGCGUUGUCAACCGAGCUCAUCCGCGGCGACUGGCAGUACGCCCCGCCCGAGGGACGACCCCCUCCCCCGGUGCUGGAAGAGCCAGCGUCGCAGCUCCCCGCUGUCCUCCGUCCGUGCGUGCCCCGUCGGUCGCGCGAUGUGUUUGCAAUGAAGCGCCCGGGGGGCAAAGACACGCGAUGCAAGACCCGGCAGUGCGUCGUGUGUCGAUGGGAAUCCACGUCGAAAAAGAAGAGUGUGACAGAAGUGACCGACUACUGCGACGUCCACGACGUGUGCCUGUGCAGCUGCGUGCGCCAAAACUACACCCCCGCCGCGUACAUGUGUCCGACAGUGUCGUGGACGUGCUGGGAAAAGUUUCACCAGUUUUACUUGCCGCAGCAGCUGUUCGUCAAAGGUGCGCGCAUCCAACGGCGCCAUCCUCUGUACAAACUCCGCCAUGCCAACAACAAUACCAACACUAGCAAUAACAAGCUGGUCGCAUCUCGAGGGGCUGACGACGAAAACGAAUCGGAUGACGAACACUGGGAAUCGACGACAAGGAACACUGGAAUGGACGGCCAGGCUGCGAACACCACCAAACGGACGCCGACGCCGCCACCAAGUGCCGCAGACACAUCGACGACACACAUAUCGGUUACGUCCACGUUGUUGAAUGUGACGCUUCCACCAUCCAAGACUCGAUUGGAGAGCACGAUAUAACUUCUAACGUUAUGUAACGUAAGUUCCAAUUUCAGCGACAUAUUUUGGUAAGUUAUCGCUGAAAUGGGUUUUGACUUCUGAAAACUAAAGAUAAUUCAACAGGAUUUCCC